AUGGGUACCCGUAAAAUUUACCCUCAACGGAAACCUCAUGCUGUGUGCAUUCCAUACCCAGCACAAGGCCACAUAAACCCAAUGCUCAAACUAGGAAAGCUUCUUCAUGUUAGAGGUUUUCACAUAACCUUUGUUAACACAGAGUAUAACCACAAACGCCUUCUAAAAUCGAGAGGUCCUAAUUUACUCAAUGGGGUCUCAUCAUUUAGCUUUGUGGCCAUCCCUGAUGGUCUACCAGAGCCUGAUGGGGAUGCAACACAGGAUAUAAGUUCCCUGUGCGAGUCUACGAAAAGGACUUGCUUAACUCCUUUCAGAAACCUCUUUUUCAAACUGAAUAAUUGCUUAGAUGUCCCUCCCGUGACUUGCAUAGUUUCUGACGGUGCCAUGAGCUUCACUUUGGAUGCUGCCAAAGAAUUAGGCAUUCCUGAGGUACUUUUCUGGACCACAAGCGCGUGUGGCUUCAUGUGUUACAUGCAAUAUCGCCGACUCGUUCAAUUGGGCUUCACACCCCUCAAAGAAUCAAGUUACAUGACAAAUGGGUAUUUGGAUACCUCCAUCGAUUGGGUACCAGGCAUCAAAGAAAUCCAACUAAAGGACGUGCCUAGCUUCAUAAGAACCACAAACCCACAAGAAUUCAUGAUGGAUUUCAUACAAGGGGAGUGCGAGAGAGCUCAAAAAGCUUCAGCAAUUAUUGUGAACACGUUCGAUGCCUUAGAACACAACGUUUUGGACGCAUUUUCAUCCAUUUUGUUACCACCCAUCUACUCCAUUGGUCCCUUGAAUCUACUCUUAAAUAAUGCUGUCACUAAUGAGGACUUGAAAACAAUUGGGUCCAACCUAUGGAAAGAAGAGUCACAAUGUCUAGAAUGGCUUAACUCAAAGGAACCAAAUUCGGUGAUUUAUGUGAACUUUGGGAGUAUCACGGUUAUGACAAGUGACCAAUUGGUUGAGUUAGCUUGGGGACUUGCCAAUAGUAACAAGACCUUUUUGUGGGUCAUUAGGCCUGAUCUUGUUGCAGGGGAAAACUCAAUUUUACCCUUGGAGUUUUUGAAAGAGACUAGAAAUAGAGGCAUGUUGUUAAGUUGGUGUCCCCAAGAAGUUUUGGGUCACCAUGCUGUUGGAGGUUUCUUGACACAUUGUGGUUGGAAUUCAACCUUGGAGAGUGUGUGUGAAGGGGUUCCAAUGUUGUGUUGGCCUUUCUUUGCGGAGCAGCAAACCAAUUGUAGGUUUUGUUGCAAGGAAUGGGGUGUUGGGUUGGAGAUAGAUGAUGUUAAGAGGGAGAAAAUUGAAGGACUUGUAAGGGAAUUGAUGGAGAGGCAAAAGGGUCAAAAGAUGAAAGCUAGGGCUUUGGAGUGGAAGAAAUUGGCAAAAUAUGCUGCUUCUAGUCCACACGGAUCUUCUUUUGUUAAUAUGGACAACAUGGUUGGCCAUGUUCUUAAGGGCAAAAUUGCUAAGAACUAG